ACGUGACCACGCCUCGACAUUAGUUUCCACGACAGCUGAGUAGAUGCUAAAUGCCCAUUUUCCACCGUUAAUAAGCUAUCGUUUUCAACUCCUCUGACAACAGAUUCUGUAUGAUGGGAGACAAGAAGAGUCCCACAAGGCCGAAGCGGCAGUCCAAGCCGUUUUCAGACGAUGGGUUCUGGGACUGCAGCGUGUGUACGUUCAAGAACAGCGCUGAGGCGUUCAAGUGCAUGAUAUGUGAUGUCAGAAAGGGCACAUCUACUCGAAAACCACGGCCUGUUUCUCAGUUAGUUGCACAACAAGUGAAUCAACAGUUUGCACCACCAACACACCCCAAAAAGGAGAAGAAAGACAAAUCUGAGAAGGACAAAAGCGAUAAAGACCCAACAAUGAAAAAGAAAAGCUACAAAAAAACAAGGCCCAGAUUAAAAAACGUAGACAGGAGCAGCGCCCAGCAUCUUGAAGUCACGGUCGGAGACUUGACAGUCAUUAUCACAGACUUUAAGGAGAAAGCCAAACCCACGUCGACAUCGGCGAGCGCCAUCUCAGCGGACCAGCAGAGUCAAAGUGGUUCCAGUUCUGAUAACACUGAGCGAGGGAUUUCCAGAUGCUCCUCGCCGCAUGGGGAAGGCUCGUCUGUCAACGGAGAGACUCACUGACCCUCACAGGGCCAGUCGGCAUAAGACAUUUUAUUUUGGCAGCCUCAACCAUGGAUUCAACUUCAAGAAAAGGAUUUUUAAAUGAUAAUACCAUAAAUAACAGCAUUCACUUUCAUUUGGGGUUUGUAUUUUUCUACUGCCUUGCUGUUAAUGGUUAAAAAGUCAGUAUGAUGAACUACAAACACAAGAAAAGCAUUAAACGGUGUGUGGUAAUUGGUGCUUAAUCUGAGCAAUAACAUCCUAUUCUGGAUAUUGUUGCUUUAAAGAAUAAAUGAUGCAUUAUGAAAGAGACAUUUAAAAAAGAGGACAACUCUGAAUACAAGUUUUUUUUUAAUUGUUUUUUGUUGUAAUUCUUUGCACUUGAUGGCAUCCUUUGUUCACAAUAGCAAUUUGUAGCAUCAGUUCAUUUCUACCAGUAUAAUGCUAACAGCCACUGGCAUUUCCCAGCUCUCCUUUUUUGUCAUUGGAUGCAAUAACUGUUUUGCUGUUUUUAACAUUUGAAAAAAUAGAUUGAACCAUUAUGCUAAGUAUGCUUUGCUUUAAGCCUGAUAAGAGUUGAGCAUGAUUUAUUCCAUGAAAUGGUUUUUAUUAUGAAAUAAAAUGUGUAAAUAAAUGGGAGUUUGAAAUGUU